AUGUCCCUUUACGAGGAAGUUAAUGACAAAGACGAUCUAACGGGUGUAAAAGACACAACAAAGACAGGAUUCUUCUCGAAGCCGUCUCUCCGAAGCAGGAACACCAUCUUUACCCUGGGCACCCGUGGUGUGGUCAUCUCACCGGCAGAGCUCGAGGCCCCCAUCCUGGUGCCCCAUACUGCCCAUCGUGGAGAGCAGAGGUAUCCCUUUGAAGCCCUCUUUCGCAGCCAGCACUAUACCCUCCUCGACAUUUCUUGCCGUGAAUAUCCUUUCAUCUGUGAAUUUUUCGUCAUCUCUGGCCUGGCUGCACAUGACCUGUUCCACUCUAUCAUGGGCUGCACACUCUCCAUGACACUGAAACACCUGGAGUCCUACCUGGCCGACUGCUACGACGCCAUUGCUGUUUUUCUCUGUAUCCACAUUGUUCUCUGGUUCCGCAGCAUUGCAGCAAAGAGGGACGUCCCUGCCCUGGACAGGUACUGGGGGCAGGUGCUUGCCUUGCUGUGGCCUCGGUUUGAGCUGAUCCUGGAGAUGAAUGUCCAGAGUGUCCGCAGCACUGACCCCCAGCACCUUGGGGGACUGGACACUCACCCCCACUAUAUCACAGUAUGCUAUGCUGAGUUCUCCUCUGCACUUGUCAGCAUCAACCAGACCAUCCCCAAUGAACGCACACUGCAGCUCCUGGGACAGCUACAGGUGGAGGUGGAGAAUUUUGUCCUCCGAGUGGCUGCAGAGUUCUCUUCCAGGAAGGAGCAGCUUGUGUUUCUUAUCAACAACUAUGACAUGAUGCUGGGCGUGCUGAUGGAGCGGGCUGCUGACGACAGCAAAGACGUGGAGAGUUUCCAGCAGCUGCUCAAUGCUCGGACACAGGAGUUCAUUGAAGAGUUGCUGUCUCCCCCGUUCCGGGGUCUGGUGGCGUUUGUGAAGGAGGCUGAAGCCUUGAUUGUCAUGGCGAGUUAGGGACAGCAGGAGUUAGGGACAGUGUGUGGGGUUCAGUCCCGAGUGACUCAGCUGAUCCGUGGCUUUGGUAGUUCCUGGAAGGCUUCAGUGGAGUCCCUGAGUCAGGAUGUAAUGCGGAGUUUUACCAACUUUCGAAAUGGAACCAGCAUCAUCCAGGGGGCGCUGACCCAGCUGAUCCAGCUGUACCACCGCUUCCACCGGGUGCUGUCCCAGCCCCAGCUCCACGCUCUCCCUGCCAGGGCCGAGCUCAUCAACAUCCAUCACCUCAUGGUGGAGCUGAAGAAACACAAGCUGAACUUCUGACUCAGAUCCACCGGGCCCUAAGCUACCAUGGACUGUUCCCACAGAAAUGACAUCUCAGCAAAAGCCAGCUGCAUCUGAGAAGGACUUCCCACUCUGACCCAUGGGCCCAAUGCCAGGGAAAAGGUGGUGAAAAAAAGCUAGCAAUCCCUGAGCAGAAAAAUCAUAUUCCAGUGACACGGCUUUCUCUGCUUGGAAGAUCUUCUAUGGCAGGAGCUCCGAGUAAGUGAUGGGGAUUUCCUUUUUGGGCUUGCAGGAACACCAGAAGCACCUGGCAGGACACAGGUAAAACAGAAAUCUAGGAAAGAGAGCUAAGGAGCCCUCUUGGGUUUGGAGGAACUCAACAGAAAGGCAGACUAGCUUGGUAGAUUGACACACAGAGAGAUUUCUGAAGAGAUGGCAGUUUAGUUGUAGAAACAGGCUUGUAAUAGCUAUCUCCUAUAUAGUUAAGAAAAUAAAGUUUCCUCGCUGAACUGGCAGGUUUUUACCUCAGUUUAUGCCUCCGUUGUCUUUAGUGCUAUAAAUAUUAGGUUAUUUAAAUGGUUACAAGCCUAUGAGCAGGACUUUGGUCUCCUGCAAUGAAGAGCCAUCCAAAAUGCAGAGCCACAACAGGCUUAUGAACAGGACUUUAAGACAGACUAUGCUGAAUACAGCAUCCUUCAUGCCCAAGUCAGGGCUGCAAGCCACAGGUUCACUGAGCUGGGAACAGAGAUGAAGAGACUUCAGGGAGUUAACUCCACAACACAAGCUGCUAAAGGAUAAGAUAGUCCAGGAGUAUAAAGGGUUCAGGGGGCGGUACCCAAGUUACAGAGAGAGAAGCAUCCCUGUUCUGGAAGUGGAAAUCUCUGGUUCCUUUGGAAAGUCAGUUAUGUCAAAUGAUGUUUUAUAAGCAGACACAGGUGAAAAAAAAACUGUUUUGCUAAAGCAGACACGUACAAGGACACAUGAUGUUUAGAAGGGCUAUAAAUAAAACCCAGCAGACA